UAGGCUGCGUGCAGAAAUGAACGCAAUGACAUAAACGAACCCCAGGAACUUUCCAACUCAAACAUAAAAGCUGCCUAAUUGAGCAAGUCAAGAUGUCUUUAGAAACAAUUUCAAGGAUAAUAAAAGUCCAGCUUCCAGCCUAUCUUAAGAGGCUUCCGCUUCCGGAGACGAUCGGCGGGUUUGCAAAGUUGACAGUGUCUGACUGGCUCCGGUUGCUGCCUCUCCUCGGUGUCCUGGCUUUGCUGGGCUAUCUGACCAUUCGCCCAUUUCUACCUAAGAAGAAGAAGCAGAAAGACAGUCUGAUCAACCUGAAGAUCCAGAAAGAGAACCCGAAAGUGGUCAACGAGAUAGACAUCGAGGACCUGAACAGCGCAAACGUGUGUUACUGUCGUUGCUGGCGCUCCAAAACUUUUCCUGUUUGUGAUAAGUCGCACUUGAAGCACAAUGAACUCACCGGCGACAACGUGGGACCACUCAUACUCAAAAAGAAGAUAUUAUAAUUGACCAGUGAUGGGAGUAUUCCUCUCACCUCCCCAGUCUUUAGUUUUCUUUUCUUAGCAGUUUGUACUUUGUUUUUUUUACAAGUCUUGUCUUGUCUUGGUGUCAUGUUUGUUGGUCAGAAGAACUAACUUCCGGACACUAUGUCUGAAAUGAUCCUAAUGCACAUUAAAACACAAAUUUCCACAGUCUGAAAAUGGUAUUUUGGUUCUUCACUGGUAGUGUGCAGUUAGGAGGGUUGUGCUUUUUGUUUUUAAUGUUCUUUGUUCACUUUUGUUUUGUGGGGUAAUGGAAUAGCCUUUUUAUGAGACUAAAUUUGACUCAUUUCUCAGUUUUAUGGAGUAAAUUAUAAAUCCCUGGGACCACAUUGGGAUUUUCAAUUAUCUGAUCCCAUCAGGGGAAACUGUAAACCACAUUUCGCACAGCAUGUUUUCAUUUUGCAUGAUUCUUUAACAUUAUUUAACAGCUAGCUGUUUACUUUCAUUUUUUUAAUUUGAUUUACCCUCUCCUGCUUCAGAUUUUGUUUGCCAAUUAUUACCAUACAGUCCACGUGGUCAGGAUGUGAAAUAUUCUCUUGUAAGUUAUGUGCUGAUGGAUACGUUACCUUAGGUACAUUUUGUUUAUAGCCUUUAAACAUUUGGGUUUUACAU